AGAAGCAAGAAGAAAACCAUAAAGUCUCAAAAUCCUGAAACCAUAACACAUCAGUCCACUUUGAGGUAAAAACUGAAAUUUUCCAUCUAUUAUCUCGAAAUUAUUUCUGAACCAAAGUUGUAGCCCCGGACGAUACAAAUCCAGCCCAACAAACGGCUCGUGAUUUCGUUAAGUAACGAAGAAGAUAUGGCCAAAAUACCGGGACUGCGCCAGUGGUGGCGAGCUCCUCGGGUUGGCUAUGUUUCCUCACCAUAUCCAUGUUGUUUCAUUCCAAACACUUACCAUAAACUCUCUAACGAUUAUUAGGAACAUCCGGAAGGUAUCAUAGAGAAGGUUGGGUGUUGAAAUAUUGAAGUUAGUGAGUUAAUUGUCGGAAUCAUGUUCAUCGACAUACCCGAAAUUCUGGACAGCAACUAUCCCUUGACUUUAGGUCCGAUUUACGCUAUCUUACAUAUGUUAAAACGAAAUACUUUCUGUACGAAAGUUGUAGCCUUACAUCUUAGGAAUCCACAGAAUCAAACGGUUUGCAAUUCCGUGAAGAAACGAUGGAGAUAUGCCCAAAUUACCGCAGGCUAUCCAGUUGUGACGGAAAUGACAAAGUUGGUGAAUUUCGAUGUUGUUUCCACUCCCGCUCAUCCGUAAGGUUUCGGCCAAUGAUUUCCAGGUCUGUACCCUUGCGUUAGACUUGUCGAAUCAUUCAUUACAUACGUACACGAACAUAUAUAUUAAUCCAUAUGUUGAAACCAUCCCAAAAUAUAUAUGUGAUGCAUAUAUAAGUCAUCUAUAUGUUCAGAUCAAAAUACACCAAUCCAUAAAGUUAAUAUACACGUAAGUAAAUAUAAACUUUGGAAAUCAACCCAACAAUAUGUAUAGAUUAAUAAAAGAUGUUUAAAAGACUUAAAGAAGUAUUUUGGACACUCAAAAUAUCAAGAGAAAGAUUCGCAGACCCAAACGGUUGACACAAACGGUCGACCGUCAUAUUAAACUUCGAAACGGACCACUACUGUCAGCAAAACGGUCGACCGCCGUCGGUGAACGGUCGACCGUCGCCAGCCCAGCAGAACGCCGCCGUUCCAACAAGUCAACAACGGUCGACCGCCGGUCAACCACGGUCGACCGUCACGGUGAUCCAGAAAUCCGACGAGUUGAAAUAUAGCACGGUCGACCGCCGUGCUAAACGGUCCACCGUUCCGAGCCCCGUAGCUUAAUUAAAAGAUAUUUUUAUCAGAUUUCACCCAAAUAAAAUAAAGUAUAUUUAUCCAUUCAUAUUGUUUACAAAUUGUUCAUAUCAUAUGACUCAUAUCAUCACACAUAUUGUAGCAUAUCAUAUCAUAUGCAUGCGUAAGAGAUCAUGCGUAAUUGCGUCUCUUAUAGCGUGAUGUGCGGGACUUAGCAGUCCGACAUCACCCGUUCCGGGCUUAGUGUACGUACAUGGUAUUCAGGUUUCGAGUACCACCCCUAUUUUUCUAGUCUCUCCUCAUUCGUGAGACUAAGGCCGCGUGAGUUCGUCGUACCAAAUGGGCGAAUCUCAUAGCGCAAGGGUGUCCUUGCAAGUUAUAGGAUCAUGCAUCAUGUUACCAUCAUCAAGUACAAUUACAUUGAUUACAUAGGUGUCAUGUAAUCAUCAUCAAGAAAAAGUAUAUUGAUUACAUUGGUAUCAUGUAAUCAUCCUCACAAGCAAAUUGAUUAAAUGUGCCAUCAUGUAAUUAUCAUUAAAUAUUUAUCAUCAUGAUUCAUCAAAUUGACCAUAUGAUAAUAUGUGUCAUAUCAUGAAUGUUACUAUACAUUAUGUGGACAUAUAUAUAUAUGUAUAUGUAUAUGUCUGUGAAUCAUUCUACAAUUCUAGCGUGGUACCACUCAGCGGUUUCGCUGAGCGUGUACUUUGUAUUUUUCGUUGACUACACGUAGGUAACAAGAAGACAAUGAUGGAACCAUUCCCGGAGGGCAUUGAGUCAGAGGAGAUGCAAGGAUGGCAGACAAAUGUUUGAUCAUCAGAUUUUAAAAUGUGUCAUGAUUUGAUUAUUAUUAUACUUCCGCAUUACUUUGAAAAUAUUUUUUAAAUGGGUCGCGAUCCAGAGUCUGUAAAUUUGAUAUUUAUAAGAAAUUGUCAUUUUCAAAUGUCAAGCGAAAUUUUGAAUUAACUCUCGUUUCACCUUAAUUCGUAAAAUUCUGGGUUAUACGGAUUGGGG